UUAAAUUAUGAAAUCCUAAUUGCUGCUAAUUGCCCCUUGGCAACACAGCUACAAAAAGGCAGCGCGAUGCAGAGUGGAAACCAAAAACCAACUUAAUGGAGCAGCACAAGGAUCGCACAAGUGCUGUGCACUUGUUCCUCUGGAUCAUGUGCAUCUUUGGCGUCUGGCCCUGGUCACCGUCCAAUCGCAAUCAAUUGCGAAUUCUUGCAUUCGUGAAGCAGAACUAUCGCUAUCUGCUGCAUUUGCCCUGCACAUUUGCCUUCAUUGGACUGAUGUGGCUGGAGGCAUUUGUGUCGAGCAACCUGGAGCAGGCCGGACAGGUGUUGUACAUGUCCAUCACAGAGGUGGCGCUCAUUGUGAAGAUUGUAAACAUCUGGCAUCGACGCACCGCUGCCUGGCAACUGAUGCAACAACUGCAACAUGGUCCGGAGUAUGAAUUACGCUCGGAGGAGGAGUUUAGCUCCUGGCAGCGGGAACAGUGGAUGUUCAAAUGGUGUUUCUACCUCUACAGCUUGGUCAGUCUGGGCGUUGUCUAUAGCGGCUGCAUUGGUGUGUUGUUCCUCAAGGAGUACGUGCUGCCCUUUGCCUACUUUGUGCCCUUCGAGUGGCGGAAUUCACACGGCUAUUGGUAUGCCUAUGGCUAUUGCUUUGCUGGCAUGACUGUCACCUGCAUCUCGAAUGUGACGCUGGACAUGAUCGGCUGCUAUUUCAUGUUUCACAUAUCAUUGCUGUAUCAGUUGCUGGGAUUUCGAUUGAGAGCACUCAAAGAUGUCGACAAUGAGCAUAAGUUUGCUUACGAACUGCGAUUGAUCUUCAAGCUGCAUCAUCGCAUACGCAGUCUUACUAUCGAAUGCCAGCGACUCGUCUCGCCCUACAUUCUCUCGCAAAUCAUAUUGAGCGCCUUCAUCAUCUGCUUCAGCGGCUAUCGACUGCAGCACGUGGGAAUUCGCGCCAAUCCCGGCCAGUUUAUAUCGAUGCUACAGUUUGUCAGCGUCAUGAUCCUCCAGAUAUUCCUGCCCUGCUAUUACGGCAACCAAGUCACGUUCCAUGCCCAUCAGUUAACCAACGAGGUCUACAACACCAACUGGCUACAGUGUCCGCCACACACUCGCAAACUCCUCAAUGCUUACAUGGAGCACUUGAAGCGCCCCGUGAAAAUUCGUGCCGGCUUCUUUUUCGAUGUGGGACUUCCCAUUUUUGUGAAGACCAUCAAUAAUGCGUACAGCUUUUUUGCGCUACUGUUGAACGCAUCGAAAUGA